GAAAGCAUUUAUUAAUGAUGCUAAAUUCUCAUUGGCCUUUGUCGGGUAUGGGAAGCCAAAGAGCUGCUAAAACAACACAAGAGCCACCGAAAAGAUGCCUCUACAACCAUAUAUGAACUGAUUGACACAACAGACCAGACACCAGAAAAGCUGCAUUUCAAGCUUAGAAUAGCUUUUGUAGCAACCCAGACAUGCCAACAGAAAUCCCGCAGCAUGGAGAUAGGGAAAGAGAGCCCAGUGAUAGACAAGACACUGAAAUAAGGACUUUUGGGUCUCGAUUGAAAGGAAGAUUCAAGGUCAAGCCUCAUAGUUUAUGGAUAAGAUUCAAGAGCAAUCUGCAAUGUAAAGCCAAAUGGGCAGAAGUCAGUGGAUCAAUGGGCGAUUUGGGCACCUUCAUUCCCAUUGUAAUUGCCCUUACUCUGGUGAAUGGCCUAGAUUUAGGCACCACUCUCUUGUUCACAGGGAUGUAAAACAUCAUAACAGGUUUGCUUUUUGGUGUUCCCAUGCCAGUACAGCCCAUGAAAUCCAUUGCUGCAGUGGCAAUUAGUGAAGGGAAGCAUUUGAGUAUUCCGGAGAUAAUGGCAGCAGGAAUCUGCACUGCAGGAAUACUGUUUGGACUUGGAAUUACAGGGCUAAUGAGGUUAGUUUAUUGGCUUAUUCCCCUGCCUGUGGUCAGAGGGGUGCAACUCUCACAGGGCUUGGCCUUUGCAUUCACAGCUGUGAAAUACAUAAGAAAAGAGCAGGAUUUUGCAAAGGCAAAAGCUGGGGGUGCAAGGCCUUGGAUGGGCUUGGAUGGACUUUUAUUAGCUCUUGUGUGUCUUAUCUUCAUACUGCUUGUAAACGGCUCUGGUGAUGAUGAUGGUGACUCAAGCCAAAAGAGUGAGGAAAUUCCACAGGUUUCAAUCCCCAUGGAUGAGUCUGAGAAUGCCCAAGUAAGGAAAUCAGUCUGGAACUUCAAGGUAUUACAUGCAAUUCCAUCUGCGCUUAUAGUUUUUGUGCUUGGUAUUGUGCUUGCCAUUGCUAGAAAACCUGAGGUUCUUAGACAGUUGAAAUUGGGCCCAUCCAAGCCUCAUUUGAUAAAAAUCUCAAGACAUGAGUGGAAGACAGGAUUUGUCAGGGCUGCAAUACCCCAAAUACCUCUCUCUGUCCUCAACUCUGUGAUUGCUGUCUGUAAAUUAUCCACAGAUUUGUUUCCCAACAAGGAUGUGACUGCAACUUGGGUGUCUGCGAGCGUUGGGCUGAUGAAUUUGGUGGGCUGUUGGUUUGGGGCUAUGCCUGUCUGCCAUGGAGCAGGUGGCCUUGCAGGGCAGUACAAAUUUGGGGCUAGAAGCGGGGCAUCUGUGGUAUUUUUAGGAACUGCAAAACUGAUCUUGAGUCUUCUUGUAGGGAAUUCCUUGGUUAAAAUACUGACCCAAUUCCCCAUUGGUUUGUUGGGUGUGUUGCUGCUCUUUUCAGGUAUUGAGCUCGCCAUGGCCUGCAGAGACAUGAAAUCUAAGAAGGAUUCAUUUGUCAUGCUCAUGUGCACAGCAGUUUCACUCACUGGUUCCAGUGCUGCCCUGGGAUUUGGUUUUGGACUUGUUCUCUAUGUAAUUCUCAAAUUGAGAGAGAUGGAAUUUUCACACUGCAUGACCAUUUUCCGAUCAUUGUUCAGCAGAAGAAAUUUCUCUUACAAGACCUGAACAAGGUGAUGGACACAUGACAGGCAUCAAUUAGUAAUUAUUCUUGUUUAGAUGUGUUAUUAGAAGAUGCUAGCACAUAAUGAGUUGAUGAAUCAAUAAUUGAGGUGAUAGACACCAAAUAGCAGCUUACUAAGUUUUGAAGUACCUUUCUAUGGAAGUGUUGUCCUUUAUGCCCUAUUCAACUUCCUUCAAAGAGCUUCUCAUUUGCUAAAGCAGACAUAGUAGUCCCUGUCAAACACUGUGUGUACUUAAUUAGCUGAAAUGUGUAGAUAUAAUUGUAUUGGCAGUGUUUCACUACUAUUAGUUGCUACUUCAGUGUAAUUUCUCACUUUGGUAUGUAAAUAUGUUCUUUACAGA